CUGUUGUAUUUUCUUUUCCAGAAAACAUUUAAAAUUUUAUAGGGAAAAUCUUUUUAUGAAAAAGGAAAAUCCAAAGUCGACUUUGGUCUUUAGACGAAGCUUAUCUAAAAACUCCGAACACAAUGUACCUGGCGGUGGCUCCGCCUCGAGUCACCGUGACUGCCGCUCACCGACCGCAUAAAACUAAGACGAAGGAUUAUAAGACCACUCAAGGCCGGAACAUCAACGUAGGGUUUGGGGGAAAACGAAAGGAGGAAUUAUGGCAGUGCAUCGAGGGGUGCGGUGCCUGCUGCAAGCUCGCCAAGGGCCCGUCCUUUGCCGCGCCUGAGGAAAUCUUCCAGAAUACUUCCGACAUAGAGCUCUAUAAAAGCUUGAUUGGCGUAGAUGGAUGGUGCAUUCACUACGAGAAGACCACGCGUAAAUGCUCCAUUUAUGCCGAUCGCCCUUAUUUUUGCCGGGUAGAGUCUCCUGUGUUUGAGAAGUUAUAUGGAAUCAAAGAAAACAAGUUCAAUAAGGCUGCUUGCAGUAGCUGCAGGGACACUAUAAAAGCAAUCUAUGGUUUCUCCUCUAAGGAAUUGGAAAACUUCAACAAAGCAGUUCAAAGCUCUUGAAUCUGUGUAAAAGGCUCAAAGUGCAUGUUCAGGGUCUCAAGGAGCAAGCUUCAAUAUAACACUGCACUUCAGACGAUAAGAGAAAUGGUGCAUGCCACAUGAUAGGCACUAUGGAGACGGUCUGCACAAAGAAUAUCUCUAUUCUCUUCUCUACUAGAAAGCUAAGAGGAAAAGGAAUUCUUAUCCCGCAGUUGGAGGCAAAUUACUUUCUUCUUCUUCACUCUCAGUGAAAGGAAUUAGAUAAAGAUGCUUUGACAACUAACAUGGUUAUACCUUUCCCUUUUUUUUAUAUAUAUUUUUAUGCCUUUUACCCUUCCCCCUGAAUAAAGCUGUUAAGAAUAUUCUCUUGGGUAAGCUAAAAAUGUUGGAUAUCUUAAUCCAUCCCUUACUUCAAAGAUGUUCUAAAAGAUGUUAGAACGUACGCCCCGUGUCUUAGUACAGUGUAAGGAGAUUGUACGAAUGUUUUUCUAGAUGGAAAUGAACAAUAUUUCGCAUUAUUUCA